AUGAGGGCAUUUCUAAUCUGUUGUAUUGCCUUAAAGUGUUCUGAUAUCGAGUUUUGAGUAUAGUCUCCUGCAUGUCAUCCGUAAAUCAUGUUCUGAUAUCGACUCUUGAGUAUUAUCUCCUGCAUACUGAGUCGGAAAAUUUUCUUUUCGGACAAUAUUGCCUGAAAUAGAUAAUUUUCAAAAAAUAUUAGCUGGACUCAAAUAAUAGACCACAUAAGUUUACUUGGAAAAUUUUACCCUUCGCUUUUUUAUUAUUUGUUCAUCAAUUUAUAAUUCCAUUAUUAUAUUGAUAUAAAAUAAUAUUCACUCCUCCAUGCAGAAGCCAAACACACAGGAGAAAGGGAUCAAAGAUGAAGGUGAUUUAGGAGGUAUUCGUGAAGAUGAUGGUAUUUCAGAACUCGAGCAGCUGUUGAGGCAGAAGACAUUUACUAGGAAAGUACUUCAAACAAUAUGACAAGAUUUUUUUUUUGUUUUUUUGGGUGAAUGUCAUGCGUAAGAAUUUAUCCACUUUUUCUUCAAACAUCACUGUCAAGGUCAUUCUUCUCUAACAAUAAUAUUACAAAGCAGGGAUGAAUAUGAUCGCUUGACAGAACUGUUGCGCUCAAGGACUGUAGAUCUAUCGAAUGAAGAAGAUAAUAAGAGAAUCAUACAAAGCACAUUUCCACCUGCUGGUGAUUACGAGACACAGGAAGCUGAAACAUUUCGAGUCCAGGAAAGGAAACUAGAAAGUUCUGUUAGAAUGCUUUCUAGCCCUGGUUCCACUUUGAAUGUAAGUGAAGCUCUGUUUUAGACUCUAUUUAUUUUGAUUUGUUGAUGAUUUGUGUAAUUCAUUUUUUAUGAGGUAAGUUUAACUGCGGAACUAUUGGGUAGAUGCAAGUGCGCACAUCUGAGUGGUCAGUGGUGGGAGCUGGUUUACUUUCGUGUAGUAGAAGUUCCAGUGGGCAUUGGUUUAUUGGGUUCUUCUCUUUCAUCUGUUUGGACUUCUAAUGCAUGCAACAGGAACAAGUGGCCUUAAUGUGGGGGUCCUGCCUGUUUGGGUUUCAGCUUGAUGUAAGCCUAUUAGAAGUGAGCAGAAGAUGAGCUUGAAUUUUUCGUAGAAUCACUGGUAGAGGCCAUUGAAGAAAAGCACUUGAUAGUUAGUCGGACUAAAAUGGAGGCAUAGAAUGUAACUUGAAAUAUAUUGUUUCGAAAGUGGAUACAUCAUAAUCCAUUGUUUGACACCGAACAUUCACACCUUUAAAACAAAUGGAUUUUAAUUAGGAGAAUUGCAGAGUAAUCGUUGCUAAUCAAUAUAGGUUGAAGGAAGGUAAUGAUUCUGGGUUCUUUAUGACCGCAAAUUGGCUAAUUGAUGGAUGAUGAAAGUUACCUGUCAAUAGAUUGGGGUAGAAAUCAGCUAUUGGUCCGCAUAUUUGUGAAUUAUCCUUUAUUCAAAGAUCAGAAUGAUCAGCAUUGUUUGGAUUUUUUGUCCUCCAUUUGUUACAACUGAUGAGAUCAGAUGAUUCAUUCCUUCUUAAGGCGCUUUUAUGAUUUCUGGGAAUCACAGUAUUUACUCUUGGAGUUUUGGUGUUAAUGCUCACUUUUUAUUUUAACAGAGUUAAAUACCUACAGAUGCAUAACCUCUAAUCCUUUAUAUCUUUCUUUUGGUUCCCAUGGAUUAUGCCUGAUCAGACGUAAAUCUGCGUUCUGAUACUUGACAAACGUUUGUUGUUUAAUAAAAUCCUUGUACGUAGUUCAAAGCUCAUUUUUUCGUCAACAAGGAAAUUUUGAUAAGUUAUAGAUGAGUAUAUGCUCUUUCUUCUUAUUUUAUUUUCCAAUGAUGCUACCAGAUCUCGGAAGAAGAGCUUGCCUCGCCUGCUGAAGUUGCAAAAGCAUAUAUGGGUUCUAGGCCUUCCAAAGUGUCCCCAUCUUCCUUAAGCUUGCGAAGCCAAAUGCUUAGAGAAACUACAGCUUCGCCUAGUUUUGCUGGUUUCCCCCCAAAAUCGUCAGGACAACCUCUUAGCUCAAAAGCAGUUGUUCGCUUGUCUGGUGUCCGGGCAACUCUUGAUAAUGGCUAUACAACUCCAGUAUCUCGAGGCAGAUCAGCGAUAUACAGAAUGUCUCGUUCUCCUUAUUUCAGGGCCCAGCCGACGAUUACUGCUAAGGUACAACAUUCAAGCACAUACUUGAGCUCUAUGCUGAAGCUGGAUAUGUUUUUAAUUUACUUUUUAUGUUUUGUUUCUCCCACAAUUUUUCAUCUCAAGUUUUUGGUGCUAUUCAGGAUGGUGAACAAAUUGAGGAUGAUUAUACUGGCCCUUCUAUGCCAGCCCAGUGGACACCCAAGAGCCUUGCACUUUCCAGUGGGAAACAGGUAUGCUUGGGCAAUUCUUUACGAUGAACUAAAGAUUUUCUUUGUUAAUGCCACUGUUGUUUUUUAACAGAAAGUUCAUUGCAUGAAGGAAAACAUAGUUGGGCCAUGGAUUCCCUAGAAAAGGGUGUAGCUCAUCGUUUGAUUUCAUUGUAUCAUAUUUCUAUUUCAUUUUAAAAAAAUUAUUGUUUGCAUUAUACUGUACAAAUCCUUAUCCUUGAUUGUUUGGUGAAUAGGCUAGUCAGUUGGAUGAUAUGAUUAAUACUGUUUGCAGCAGUCUGGCUAGUGUAAUGGUGCAAAUAUAUUGAUUUUCUAUGGUGUGCAAUUUUCUCAACAUGAGAGGUAACUUUUCUUGGUGAGGUUUCAUUCCACUUUUUUGGGUCUUGGGGAGUGAUUGGGCCUGAGUGACUUGGGUUAUCAUCUUAGCUCUCAUCUUUUAGAAGCAGGCUGAACUGUUGGUAGCCCAUGGUGAAAUACAGUAUUUGAUCUGUUGAUUUGACUGGACUUUGACGUCUAGUAAAAAUGCUGUGCAUGUUUGAUGGCCUAUUCAUCAGUAUGACCGAAAAAUGAUUGAACAUUGAUGACUUCGUUAUAGGCAGUCAUGGGAUGAACUUCUCGGUGACAGUUGGAAUGAACUCUCUAUGCAUCUGAAAUUAAGAGUCAUACGCGGGAUGCAUUGUGUUGGAGUUUCUCGUAAAGUUAAUAAUCUUUGCCUUUAUCUGUUUGAAUUUUUUAGGUUAUCUUUUAUGGAUGGUGCUUUGUUUUUAUCUGUUAUGAUGAUAGCAUGUUUAUAGCAUGAAAUUUAUGAGCAUAAUCACCGUUGAGAUUUUCCUAUGACCUGGUGCUCUGUUUUUUGUGAUGGUUUUGUAACUGUUUUAUGUCAUUUACAUAAUCUAAGUGCAGGUCUUUUUUGGUUCUGGUAUAUGUAGGUCCUUAAGCGGAGGAGCUCUGUGUUAGAAAGUGAUAUUGGAUCUAUUGGUCCCAUACGUAGAAUCCGACAGAAGUCUAAUUUGGUGUCUCCCUUGAAAAGUCUGACGGGUCAAGUUCCCAGCAAAUUUCUUCCAGCGACAAACGUUUUAGAUACUACUGAACAAUCUUCUUCCUCUGUACAGAGGACUCUUCCUUUGUCUACGGUAAAAUAUGAUUCCUCAGACAUGAAGGGUGUGAAAAACCGAGAAAAAAGGACUGGCUAUGUUCCUGUACCUCCCCAAUCCAGAGAAAUGGCAAAAAAAAUAUUACAGCAACUCGAUAAAUUAGUACCCUCUCCAAAGGAUAAAUCAAGUGAAACGAAGGCAAUGUUCAGGGAUGAGUCACCAUCCAAGUUGACACUUGACAUGUUACAUGGGCAGGCUUUGAAGAGUGUCACAGAGAAUGAUUUGUCGAAGUUAUUCAAUGUGGAUGCUAAUGGUAAGUUUGAAGGUAAGGGUAAUUCCCAUUCAGAAAGCCCUGGAAUAUUUUCUCCCAUGAAAACCAAGGCUGGGGGGAACGGCCCUUCAAGCACUACUGUUUUUAAGGCCAAAGUGGCAUCCGAAGCCAAACUGAUGGACAACAUAUCUUCAGUUGCCGAAACGAGGACUGUUAUGGGUACUCCGGACUAUACUUUUCCACACUCCGCUGUUGAACCACUGCAGAAAAAAUCUGCAUUCAAGAUGCAGGCUCCUGUGGUAUGGUAUAUCUGUCAUUUUUACGAUUGCAUGAACUUCUAAACUUACUUUCUGAUCAAUCCUUCUUCUCAUCCUUCAUGCAUUUUUUUCUUAUCCAUUUGCCUUAUUGUAGGAUUCAUUGGAGUACGAGAACGAUGCCUACACUGGAAGAGAUAUUUCUGGUCCUUCAUCUUCUGAAAGAGAGAUAAUUGAAAUGAAUGAUCACAAGGUUGGGGCAUCUGACACUUUCACCACAAAGAAGCUAGUAUUUUCCUCUGAAAGCUUGGCUGCUUCUAAAGUCUCAGAAGUCAAGGUUUCUGGAAAGUUGGCUACCAACGGACCUGCUGUUUUUGAUAAGAAGGAUACGGGCUUUACAUUCCAAGUUUCAUUGACCCCUAGCACACAGCGUCAUCCUCCCCCAACGCCCACCAUGACCUCACCAGCUGUUGAAAAACCUGGUCCAUCUGGUGGACAAGAUGCUGCACCUCUUUUCAGCUUUAGUUCGAAAACUACUCCAUUGACAUUUUCAUCGAGCAUGGUGAGUUCUACUGAACAUUCCAAUCUAAAGUUCGGGGCAAAGUCAGAGAUGAAAGAGCAGUUAUUCGGAAGGUGAGCAGUUAUUAUUUGCAUCUUGCAUAGCGCAAUACUUUGUUUACCUUGUGAAUCUAAUUUAUGAAACAAAUCUUGAAAUAUCUAGUUUUCUUGUAUUAUUCUGUGGCAGAAUUAUUUGAGUGUUUAUUUUCUUGCUUACACGAUGCUCUGCACGGUCGAGAGUUGCCAUAUAUCCCAUGUUCAGAUCACAUUAACUGGCCAGUAGUUGUAGUAACCAUAGCUGUCCCUAGGAAACUAUACGACGGGCAUCUUUGCUGUUAACAGUUAGAUUUUAUAUUAGACAUGGGAUUGCUCAAAGAGGCUAAUAUCAUGGAAAACCAAAGAAAUAAGAAAUCAAGAUAACUUACUCUAGCGGGCGCACUAUCUUGUGUGGGGUCAUCCGAUAAACCUUCUCAUGUGGCCACAUCACUAAAUCACGUUAAGAGAAGCUUAUUUCCACCUUGAUGCGGUUUAAGCAUCAAAAUAGGAAUGAGAUGGGUAUAAAAUAACUAUGCGAAAGUAAGGAAUCUCUGAAUGGUUCAGUUUUCGUCUGAGAAAAUAAAAUAUAUUAUAAAAGAAUGAAGAAUUGUAUCCUGUUGUUGGUUGAAUGUGCUGGCUGAGCUUUCAUCACAUGCAUUUAGUCCUUCAUUGACUUUUUGCGCUGGAGUUACUGUAUUACUAGUUCUAUCGUGGUGGUGUGUACUUCUUAUACGAUGCAAAGAAACUGGUCAGCCAUUUUACAUUCGUGUCAAUCAGCAGUAAGUCUAUAAUAGAUUGGAAUCGCGUAUAAUAGUCAGCCAUGACGGUCCCACGUCUAAAGGAAGAAAUGUUGUCCCUCAUUAAUUCGGUUUAUUUCUUCUGAUUGAUCUCUUUUAGUACAUCAGCAAAUGAGUUUGUAGUUUCUUGAACAAGACCUGACACCAUGUUUCCUGCAGCGGCCCAUCUGUUUCGACGACCGCCACUACAGUGGCAGAAGCUGAAAAAUCUGACAAAACUCAGGAGGCUGGAUUGUUAUUUAAAUCAGUUGCAACCCCAAGUUCAUCUGGUUUUUCAAUGCCAACUACCUCGAACACCUUCCAGUUUGGUGCCUCCUCUGUCUCCACCCAGAGCAAUGGUUCUCCAAUAAUAAGUUCAUCUGUGUUCACGGCAUCUUCUUCCUCUGCCCCAUCUAUCUUUAGCAGCUCGGUGACCGCAACUGCCUCUGGGUUCUCUACUUCUGCGGCCAGUUCUAGAAGCGAGCCUUCCACUUUGUUCUCUACCUCUACAACAACGCCUUCAUUUCAGUUUGGCUCCAGUUCCUCGGCAGUUCCUACCUCUCUUGCUGGAUCUGCGGCGAAGCCAGUCGUCACGGAUUCAGCUCCAAAGCCUGCCAAAGAAUCGAUAUUUGGACUAUCCAGUUCUUCAGCGACAGCAUCUUCGUUUACGAGCACGGGCGGCAGCUUAUUCGGUUUCAGUGCCCCAGCACUGUCAGGUGCCACCACCUUCAGCGGCAGCAGCGGCAGUGGCGGCGCCGGAUCGUUAAUUGGCUCUCAGGCAGCCCAACCUGGAACUGGGGCGUCUCUCUUUGCGCAGAGCACGACGAGCCAGUUUGGCUCCACCUCCUCCCUUGGAUUUAAUCUGGCGGGUUCUUCCAGCGGCUCAACAUUCAAGUCCUCAAUUAGCAGCUCGAAGCCAUUUGGGUUGAGCCCUGGGUUUGGGGAGUCCACCGUCGUUGCCUCCAGUGCCUCCAGCGGUUCUCUGGCAUCGACAGCGACAGCUGCAAGUUUGUUUGCCGCCGGUUCUCAGUCAACCACACCCUCGCUCUUCAGCUCUGGCUUCGGCUCCUCGGCACCGUCUCCCUCGAUAUCUGCAUUUGGGACAUCCUCCUCGGCUUCAGCCCCUGCAUUUGGAUCCUCAUCUGCUUCGAUAUUCUCGGCGUCAUCAGCUCCCGCCAUGGCUUCCCCGGUUUUCUCAUUCACUCAAGCUGCCGCCACUACAAGCUCAUCGGCCUUUGGCUUCUCUUCAGCAACCGCCGCGCCAUCGGCUGCUGCCGCUCUCUCCUCGGCAGUUCCCACUUUUGGGGCGCUGAGCCCCACGAUGGGAUUCAAGACUGCCUCCCCAGGGAAUAAUGAUCAGAUGAAUGUGGAGGACAGCAUGACCGACGACUCAGUCCUGGCUGCGUCCCCCGCCGUGCUGGGUUUUGGGCAGGCGGCCACCAUUCCUGCUCCGACAUCGCCGUUUGGCUCUGCCGCCGCAGCUUCAGGAGUUUCAGUGUUCCAAUUUGGCAGCCCCCAGUCCGCCGCCUUCCUGCCGGGCCAGUCCCCUUUUCAGCCGGCUGCUGGGUCGGAGUUCCAGGGGAGCUUCUCGAUGGGCAGCGGCGGCGGUGACAAGUCGGGGAGGAGGUUCAUCAAGGCCAAGAGAGAUAAGCACCGGAAAAAGUAG